UUUGCAUUUUCCUAUCGAUCAGAAAUGCCGCCUCCUCCUCCUUCUUCUUCUCCUUCAUCGGCAAUUCAAGACCCAAUGAAAGCAUGGAGAGUGCUGGUCCUGCAGAUAACCACAUCCAAAGUGACUGAUGCCUUCACCCUCUUCAUGAAAUCGGCCUUCGUCAUAUCGACGGUCGCCUCCCUCUCCCUCCUCCUCUACUUCACCUUCUCCUACUCCCACCUCCUCCUCCUCUCCUGUCCCCACUGCAGUCGCGACCCCGUCCCCGUCCUCUCCCUCCGCAAAUUCACCCUGCCCGCCUCCAAUGAUCCUGAGCCCCCCACCAACAUCUCCCACAUACUUUUUGGCAUCGGUGGAUCCGCCAGGACCUGGCACAAGCGCCGCCACUACUGCGAGCUCUGGUGGCGGCCCAACAUUACUCGCGGGUUCGUGUGGCUCGAUGAGAGGCCCCAGAAGAAUGUGACCUGGCCCGCCGGGUCCCCGCCCUACCGGGUCUCAUCCGACACGUCACGGUUCAAGUAUUCAUGCUGGUAUGGCUCAAGGUCAGCCAUUCGGAUUGCUCGCAUCAUCAAGGAGAGCUUUGAGCUAGGAUUGGCAAAUGUCAGGUGGUUCGUAAUGGGGGACGAUGACACUGUCUUCUUCACGGAGAAUCUUGUCAGGGUGCUGUCAAAGUAUGACCACGAUCAGAUGUACUACAUCGGGGCGAAUUCGGAGAGCGUGGAGCAGGACGUGGUCCAUUCAUACACGAUGGCUUAUGGAGGUGGAGGGUUUGCCAUUAGCUAUCCUCUCGCAGUUGAGCUCGUGAAGAUUUUGGACAGAUGCAUCGAUCGGUAUGCAAAGAUGUAUGGCUCCGAUCAGAAGGUCCAGGGUUGUCUAAGCGAGAUUGGCGUGCCUAUCACUAGAGAGCUCGGGUUUCACCAGGUAGAUAUACGAGGAAACCCUUAUGGCUUACUAGCGGUGCACCCGUUGGCUCCUUUGGUGUCCCUCCACCACCUCGACUACGUGGACCCUCUGUUCCCGACCUUGACCCGGACUGACUCGCUUAAGAGGCUGAGAACUGCAUACGAACUGGACUCCGAUCGCACCCUCCAGCACAGCUUCUGCCAUGAGCUGACCCGAAACUGGUCGAUCUCCAUCUCCUGGGGUUACACAAUACAACUCUACCCUUCACUGCCGACCGCAAAGGAACUCGAGACAGCACCACAGACCUUCUGGACGUGGAGGACAUGGAGCACCGAGCCGUUCACAUUCAACACCCGGCCCGUGAGUGCGAACCCGUGCAAGCAGCCCGUGAUUUAUUUCUUGGACGGGGCAUAUGACAGCGGGUCGACAGGCGAGACGGUGACCACCUACAGGAGGCACGUUGACGGAGGGAAGGGAUGUGACCGACAUGAAUAUGUUGCCGCUCGGGGCGUUGAACGGUUCAACGUCAGGGCUUCCAAGUUCAAUCCCGACUUGUGGAAAAAGGCGCCACGUAGACAGUGCUGCGAGGUAGUCAACGGUGGGGAUGACACAGACAUUAAUGUCGUGGAGGUCAUGAUCAGAAGCUGCAAUCCAUGGGACAGCGUAACACCACGUUAAUUAAAGGUCAAGGUAAAUUACACUACGGUCCAAAAAAAUUUAUAAAUAUUUUAAUAUGUUAUAAAUUUUUUUUUUUACAAUUUGAUAAAAUAUUUCAAAAUUAUUUCACCAUUGACGCCGUCAAGUUGUCCUUUAUAAGACUGUAAAUUUUGCAUCAUGGUGUAACUAAGGUAAAACAUUUUGUAUUAUUAAGUUACAACUUCAAAACAUUUUGCACCAUCAUAUAACAUUCCACAAAAAUCGGUUUUGCACUAUCAGCGUCGGUUUGACGGUGUCAAUGGCGAGAUGACGAUUUAUAUUAUACUGAAACAAUUUUGAAACAUUUUGUACCAUCAAAUGACAAAAAAAAACUUUUUAUAGCAUAUUGAAACAUUUAUAAAACUUUGUGGACCAUCAGUGUAAUUUACCCUAAAGGCAAUUAAGGCAAGAAGAGCGGAGCGAGCUGCCGGAGAGGAGACAUUGCCGUACGUUCUGGCGAUUACUGCAUGCAGUUAGAUCAUACAUUUCUUGACCUGGGCUGAUCUUAUUGGAGUUUAAUUAGCCACGAAAAAUAGAUUAGUAGGGGAGUGGGGGGGCCAUCACAACUCAUAUACGUGUCCGCGAAUUAAUUUUCGGUAAAUUCCAUGUAGAGUCUCGAAAAAUUUUCAGGUCGAUCGGUGGAAAUGGUGAUUCCACGCAGCUUGUCCUGAUUAUCAAUUCAUGAUAAGAGCGGAUCUUGAUGUGAUUUCGUCGGUUCUUGACA